AUGGAGUCGUCUUCUUCCUCCACUCCAUCAUCUCGACCUCCAAAGAAAGAUGAUGUUUUUAUUAGCUUCAGAGGUGAGGAGACAAGCCAUCUUCAAGAUGCUCUUCGCAGAGACCAAAUUGAAACAUAUAUCGACUGCAGACUCGAGAAAGGAGAUAAGGAGCUUACCAAAAUAUUAGAGUGCUCCAAAAAUCAAGGUCAUUUGGUUAUGCCAGUGUUCUAUAGAGUAGAUCCUUCAGAUGUGAGGAAGCUGUUUGGGAGUUACCAGAAAGCAUUUGAUGAACAUGACCACAAAAGCAUCAGCAAGCAGCAAUUGCAAAAGUGGAGGAAGGCUCUCACUUAUGCUUCCAAUUUAGCUGGAUGGCAUUGCAGCUUUGAUAGAAACCUUCAGAGUACUGUAUCUUCUUCUUCCUCAAAUCAACCUUACAGAACUGGUUUCCACUUCCAACCUUCCAAGAAUUGGAUCAACGAUCCUAACGGCCAGUUCAGAAAAUAUAUGAAUAUGACUGCAGAUUUUGAACGGUGCUUAGUCAAAAUGUUUGAUGAAACUUUGAAAUUUGCGAUAUCCAACAAGAUGAAUAUUAGAAAACUAGCUAUGAUCGUGGUCGCAUCAAAAUGCAAGAAUUCUUGA